AGUGCCGCCAUAUUGGCGUCGGCCGCACUGUAUUGUCAUAAAUAGAGCCGGUUUUGUGGUGUAUUCACUACUUAGUUGGAUGCCCCAGCGGCAGCGAGUGAGAAAGUAAGCGAGUCAGGGAGCUACGAGCGACUGGAGGAAAAGCGGAUAGGGAGUGAAAGGGAGAGCACGGACAGACUUCAGAGCGAGAGACACUCGCCUGAGGGAGACGCCGGGCGCGAUGAAAGAGAUGUCUGGAAACACUGUGCUGGACAGCCAGAAUCCACAAAAACAUUAUGGAAUUACCUCUCCGAUUAGCUUGGCAUGUCCUAAGGAAAUUGAUCAUAUUUAUACACAAAAGUUAAUUGAUGCCAUGAAACCAUUUGGAGUGUUUGAAGAUGAGGAAGAAUUGAACCACAGGCUGGUUGUUCUUGGCAAAUUGAACACUUUAGUAAAAGAAUGGAUUUCUGAUGUCAGUGAGAGUAAGAACCUCCCACCUUCUGUUGUGGCUACUGUUGGUGGUAAAAUUUUCACAUUUGGAUCCUAUAGACUUGGUGUGCACACAAAAGGGGCUGACAUUGAUGCACUUUGUGUGGCUCCAAGACAUGUGGAAAGAUCUGAUUUCUUUCAGUCGUUUUUUGAAAAAUUAAAACAUCAAGAUGGAAUUAGAAAUUUAAGGGCUGUAGAAGAUGCCUUUGUACCUGUUAUAAAAUUUGAAUUUGAUGGUAUUGAGAUUGAUUUGGUCUUUGCAAGACUGGCAAUACAAACUGUAUCAGAUAAUUUAGAUCUAAGAGAUGACUCUCGACUGAGAAGCCUUGAUAUAAGAUGUAUUCGCAGCCUAAAUGGAUGUAGAGUUACUGAUGAAAUUUUGCACUUAGUGCCAAAUAAAGAAACUUUUAGACUCACCCUAAGAGCAGUCAAAUUAUGGGCAAAACGACGUGGUAUUUAUUCAAACAUGUUAGGAUUUCUUGGUGGUGUCUCCUGGGCAAUGUUGGUUGCAAGAACUUGCCAGUUAUAUCCAAAUGCAGCAGCUUCCACACUAGUUCAUAAGUUCUUCUUAGUUUUUUCCAAGUGGGAAUGGCCAAAUCCUGUUUUGCUGAAACAACCAGAAGAAAGCAAUUUGAAUUUACCAGUUUGGGAUCCUCGAGUGAAUCCAUCAGAUAGAUACCAUCUCAUGCCUAUAAUCACCCCUGCCUACCCACAACAGAAUUCUACAUAUAAUGUAUCCACAUCAACUCGGACAGUAAUGGUAGAAGAAUUUAAACAAGGCCUUGCAGUCACAGAUGAAAUUCUUCAAGGGAAAUCAGAUUGGUCCAAACUACUUGAGCCACCAAAUUUUUUCCAAAAAUACAGGCAUUAUAUAGUAUUGACUGCCAGUGCAUCAACAGAAGAAAACCAUCUAGAAUGGGUUGGAUUAGUAGAAUCUAAAAUACGUGUACUUGUUGGAAACUUGGAACGGAAUGAAUUUAUUACACUAGCCCAUGUAAAUCCCCAGUCAUUUCCAGGAAAUAAGGAACAUCAUAAAGACAACAAUUAUGUAUCAAUGUGGUUCCUUGGAAUAAUUUUUCGAAGAGUAGAAAAUGCAGAAAGUGUUAACAUUGACUUAACAUAUGAUAUACAGUCAUUUACUGACACAGUGUACAGACAGGCAAACAAUAUAAACAUGCUGAAGGAGGGGAUGAAAAUAGAAGCAACCCACGUUAAAAAAAAGCAGCUUCAUCACUACCUUCCAGCAGAAAUGCUUCAAAAGAAGAAAAAGCUUUCUGAUGUCAAUCGAAUUUCAAGUGGACCUCCAUCCAAAAGAUCAUCUCUGGAUAGUAACUGUUUGGAUAGUUCCAGGGACACUGAUAAUGGAACACCUUUUAACUCUCCAUUGUCUACAAACAAACCUACCAAACAUGAAGCUCCUUCUGCAGGAGAAAUGGAAAGGAAUAGUGCUGAGUCAACUGCUGUAAUAGUGGAAAAGUCAACUAGUGUCCUGCCAACUCAAGGCCUAUCUAUUCCAGUCAUUGGUGCAAAAGUUGAUUCUGUAGUAAAAGCUGUAUCACCCUCAGCUGUGUGCACCAUCCCUACUGUAGUAGGGCGAAAUGUCAUUCCUAGAAUUACAACACCCCACAACUCUGCCCAAGGACAACCACAUGUAAACGGAAUGUCAAAUAUAACUAAAAAUGUUAUACCCAAGAGAUCCCAUUCACCAUCCAUAGAUGGGUCUUCUAAGAGAUUAAAAGAAAAGGAUAAGUUUGUUAGACUUGAAUCAGCCUUUAAAGAAUCACAUUCUGAAGACAGAAAAAGAAAAUCUGUAGAUGCCAUUGGAGGAGAAUGUAUGCCUAUCCCAACUAUUGAUACUUCUCGAAAAAAGAGACUACUCAGUAAAGAACUGCCAGAUUCAUCAUCUCCAGUUCCAGCAAACAACAUCCGUGUCAUCAAAAAUUCCAUCAGACUGACCCUUAACCGGUAAAAAUAGUGCCUACUCCCUUAAGUGAAUAUGCAGUCACCUAGUGGCAUAGGUGCAGCCACUCUUAAAAUGGAAGUGACUGGCAUAGAUAAGUAAUGUGAAAGUUACUGAUAUCUUUCUAAUAACUUUAAAAUGGUUUAAAGUGGUUUUUGCACCCUUGUUCCUUGACCUGCACAUGCUGUAGCAUUCUCUCCUUGAUUGCUACAUGCACUUUUGAGGAUCAUCUGCUAUCAAAUUGUCCCAUACAAUAUUAUGUUUUUGCAUUGGAGGUUUUACCGCCUUACCUUUCAAUGCUUGUUUCUCUUUUAAGGGAAUCAGUUUUUGGCUUCUUGGGCACUGAUAGAAGAAAGUCCUAGACAUUUUUUUUUUUUAAGUCUUAAUGUUAUAAUCACUGUAUUAAAAAAAAAAAAAAAAAAAACACCCCCCCCAAAAAAAAAAAAAAUGUCUUGGAAUUUUCCAAAUGUUAAUACAAUUACUUUAGCCACUUUGUGAAACAUGAGAAAAAUGAAUGUGUAAUAUCUUUUCUGUUUUUCUCAUUUGUGUAAAUGUACUUAUUGUCUAUUCUGUUGAUUUAAAUUAUUUUUACAGAUAGGCACUUGGAAUAUUUAAAUUUUUAUAUUUUUGUGCCUUUCUGUCCUAAUGUUGAGUUGCCAGGAGGGAUUAGUCCAGUGAUCACAUAAAGUCUCUACAUUUUGCCUCCUAUGGAGGCCUUCAGAAUGCAUCUUUAUAUUAAGAAUCAAAAUGUAACCAGGAUACUGAAAGUCAGUAUAUGAAUGGUGAAAUUGUUCCAUAUCCUAUCUCAUGCCAUUCUUGCUAGUUGACCUGGUUUAUUUUACUGAGGAGCAACUCCUCCCAGCAUCUACAAGAAGAUACCUUGAAGUAUGGCAAACUUGUAUUUUUGAGGUGUAAAAUUAACUUGGCAUGAUAAUUCCUGACCCUUACCUACCCUACAACUUCAGAAACAGUUUUUUCAUGAACUAGGCAUGUGAAAAGAAGCAGUGGAUUUUAUUGAAAUCUAAAGGCAUUUUUGAAUGACAUUGUUACCAAUCAAUCAUUAAUUGGCUCAGGACCUUUGUAAUUUUUAUUUAACUACAUGAGUUGUCUUUUUUUAUACUGCUUUUUUUUUCAGUGCAUUUCUUAAUAUUUUUUUAAGUUUCAUGAAAAGCAUGCUCAGUUUAUUGAAAUCCAUAACCAUGUAAUUCUUGUAAUAUGUUGAUUCAGUGUUUUGUAAAUGAAGUCGUAUGUAUUUUCAGAGUAUUUUUGUAUGUACUGUAAGAUACCUUUUCAAAGAGAAAACUUUAAACCUU